AAGCAAUUUCUAAAAAAAAAGUAGCCCUUCGGCGUCGAAUGUGUGUGUGCGGUCAGUCGGUAUGAGAAAUGAAAUUUGUGUGAAGGAAAUCGUAAAUGUCAUAAAUUUAAAGUGAUUGAAUCAGCUCGUGUUUAAUAACUGUGGAGAGUUGCCAGAUCUGUGUUCAGGAAAACUGGCGAACUUAUAGUUGGAAGUAGGACUUGGCCGCGGAAGUAUACAAAGUGUUGUGGUGGUCCAUCGAAAAUACAGUACCGUACUUCAGAAUAUGAAACCCGCUUUGCGGUUAGGAAUAUUUACGCUCGCAGUGUAACCUUCAGCUGUCAGCAGCAAGUGACAGAAGUGCAAGUAUAAAUAUACUGCUAGUCAAUUUCGUUGGACGCCCGAAACUUAUUUACAAAUAAAACGAAUGACAGCGCUGCGCGUCGAUGUACUCACCAGGCCCGGCAUCAGAGUGCACAAGUGGUUUUUGGUAGUGUGUAUCAUAUUAAGCGUAUUCUAACCGCAUUGAUUGUCCUCCUGUGCGUGGAACUGUUUGCACUCGAGAAAACUGUACCGAAGUUGAGAGGAUCAAACAUGACAGAUCACUUUUUGCUUGAAAGCUAUUUCUACAAUAAAAACUUGUUGCAGAAGGACAGAAAUCAGUUGAUGUUUGAGGAUAAAUGGCCAUCUAUGAGGCCAAUUAUUCUUAAACUCCUUCAACAGGAACCUGUUACACAAAAUGAGUGGCAAGAUCUAUUCUAUUCUGUUCAUUUGGUGUGCUUGUGGGAUGAAAAAGGGCCACCUAAGGUUAAGGAUGCACUUAAGGAUGACAUCAUGGAUUUCAUCAAACAGGCGCAACAGAGAGUACUGGCACACCAGGAGGAUCAGGCCCUGUUGAAAGCAUAUAUUGCUGAGUGGAGGAAGUUUUUCACACAAUGCAAUUAUUUACCAACUCCCUUCAGACAACUUGAGACUGCUUUAGCUGGAAAGGCAAGUUCAUCAGGCCAAAAAAAGUCAACAGCAGAUGAGAGUAUUGUGAGGAAGUUAAUGCUGGACAGUUGGAACCAGAGCAUAUUCUGUGACAUUAAACAACGUCUUCAGGAUUCUGCCAUGAAAUUAGUGCAUGCAGAACGAAAUGGAGAAGCUUUUGAUUCUCAGCUUGUUAUUGGCGUUCGAGAAUCGUAUGUUAAUCUCUGUUCGAAUCCUGAGGAUAAACUCCAAAUAUACCGAGAAAACUUUGAAAAGGCCUACAUUGAAGCAACAGAGGCAUUUUAUCGAAUGAAAGCACCUCAGUACCUCCAGGCAAAUGGUGUUCAAAAUUAUAUGAGGUAUGCUGAUGCAAAACUGAGGGAGGAACAGCACAGGGCGCAGAAGUACCUAGAGCCAUGCAGUGGAUCAGUGCAAGUACUGACAGAUUGUUGUGUGAAAGUUUUGGUGUCCACGUUCAAAACCACAAUACUUGCUGAAUGUGCUGGAAUGAUUAAGGCAAAUGAAACUGAAAAGCUGCGGCUGAUGUUUAAGCUUAUGGAUCGUGUUCCCGACGGAAUAGCAUCAAUGUUAAAAGAUCUUGAGGAUCACAUUAUGAGUGCUGGAUUAGCUGACAUGGUUGCUGCUGCUGAUAUAAUUACACAGGAUUCGGAAAAAUAUGUUGAAAGGCUUCUUGAACUCUUUCACCAGUUCAGCGUUUUAGUUUCUGACGCUUUUAAUGAUGAUCCAAGGUUCCUGACAUCUCGGGAUAAAGCAUAUAGGCAUGUUGUUAAUGAUACACAGGUGUUCAGGCUAGAACUGCCAUCAAAACAGAGUGCAGGCCUCAAGUCCCAGCCAGAAUCAAAGUGUCCUGAACUUCUAGCAAAUUAUUGUGACAUGUUAUUGAGGAAAACACCUUUGAGCAAAAAGCUGACAUCUGAUGAGAUCGAGAAUAAGCUGCGGGAUGUGUUGCUAGUACUAAAAUACGUUCAGAACAAAGACGUAUUCAUGAGAUACCACAAAGCACAUCUCACAAGACGUUUAAUAUUAGAUACAUCAGCAGACUCUGAAAAAGAAGAAAAUAUGGUGGAAUGGCUUAGAGAAGUUGGAAUGCCUGCAGAUUAUGUAAACAAAUUAGCGAGAAUGUUUCAAGACAUAAAAGUCAGUGAAGAUUUAAAUCAACAAUUUAAGGAACAGUACAGGAAUACUAGAGGUAGCAUAGCAGACUCGAUCAACAUCAAGAUCUUGAAUGCCGGGGCUUGGGCACGUGGAAGUGAACGUGUAACUGUGUCACUGCCUCUGGAGCUAGAAGACUACAUUCCGGAAGUAGAAGAUUUCUACAAAAAGAAACACAGUGGGAGGAAACUGCAAUGGUACCAUCAUAUGUCUAAUGGGACGAUAACAUUUGCAAAUAAUGUUGGAAGAUAUGAUGUAGAUGUCACCACUUUCCAAAUGGCAGUUCUUUUUGCAUGGAAUCAGCGUCCAUACGAUAAAAUACCAUACGAAAAUUUAAGGCUGGCCACAGAGUUACCUGAUCCAGAGCUUAGAAGAACAUUGUGGUCUCUUGUCGCAUUCCCAAAGCUUAGAAGGCAAGUUCUGUCAUACGAACCAGAAGUGCAGUCACCAAAGGACUUUGAGGAAAACACCAUGUUCUGGGUUAAUCAAGAAUUUGCUCUGGUGAAGAAUGGAAAGCUUCAGAAACGGGGGAAAAUCAACCUCGUUGGACGGCUGCAGCUUUCCACUGAGAGGAGCAAGGAGGAAGAUAAUGAAAGUAUAGUGCAGCUGAGAAUACUUCGUGUACAGGAGGCUGUUAUCAAAAUUCUGAAAAUGCGUAAACGAAUUACAAAUGUCCAACUUCAAACAGAACUUGUAGAUAUCUUGAAGAAUAUGUUUCUACCCAGCAAGAAAAUGAUCAAAGAGCAAAUAGAAUGGCUUAUAGAACACAAAUAUAUGAGACGAGAUGAAGAUGAUAUUAACACAUUCAUAUACAUGGCAUGAAAGAAAAUGUAAUGUUUGAUGCCAUUGAAGUAUUUGUCUGCAAAGUAGAGGAAUUUCAACAGAAGAGGAAGUUUCUUCAUCCGGAUUCCUAAGAAAGGUGUGUCGAGCAACUCAGAAGUAUGGUUUGUGUUAUCAAGCACUUUUUGUUAGUGGAACAUUUGUAAAAGUGGGACUCGUGCAGAUACAAAAGCACAUGGCAGCAUUUUGUUGCAGAACUGUAUUUUCACCAGAUGGUUUCAAAUCCAAGUGCCUUUCAUGUUUAUCAUUGACAACUCUCAAAUGUACCUCGUAAUUUGUUAUCACUUCUUGGAAGAACUGCUUAUCCAUUGCAUGAGAUCACUCACUAGCAAACAAGUUGCACUGUUCUAACAUGUCAGCAAGUGCUAAUCAGAUAGGAAACGAGACUAUUAUGUAAGUUACAAUAUGCAAAAAGUUGUUUAGCUGCCGCAGAGGAAAUGGAGAGCUGCUUCCAGAAUAAUUUUUACCAACAAUUUUAUUAACAGUCAGGUGCAGUUAAACAUAAUGCAUGUUGUAAAGUAAUUUUUUCCUUGGAAAUUUUACGCACUGAGCUAUCAGUGCUGAUCCAAAAGAUGUAAUUAUGAAAUAGCUGAACAAAAUUGUACAUUUCAGUUUUGUGAACAAUACAAGAUUAGUUAAUUCUUAGCAGGUAUAUUUUAUUGUUGUCUUGUUGGUCUCAGAGUAUCAAUUUAUUUAUGGUAAUGUAAAAUAUGAGAGAGCAAACUGACUGUAAAAAGUAUUUGCUAAAGGCUUCGGAGGUUAUCUAAGUCUUGAUACAGAUCUAAGCUAUUGUAAAUGAUGAUUUUCUCAGGAAAUUUUCAGUGAAUGCUUUUCAACUUUCCAAAUCACAAUUGUCUUCUGUGAACCAAACAGUGGAAGGCGAAAUACCUCACGGAUGUGACUUACACGUGUGUGCAUUUUAAAAAUGAUUGUGAAUGUGGGAGAUAAAUUUUCCCAUAGCUCACAAAACUGUCACACGUCUCACAACACUCUGGUUCCUUCACCACUCGCAUUUAUUUUUGAGCCCAAUUUGUUUUCAUUUCAGUAUCAAAAAUAGUAAUAGAUAUACCAGACUAAGGGUCGCACUGAAAAAGUAAUCCAGGUUCUUGCAAAGUUUAACACAAUUAGCCACAGUUGUCACUCAAAAGUAUGGGGUGAUUAUAAUUAAAGUUGAAAUAACACCACUGGUCAGAAUGACGUCAAAUUGCAAUGGAAUUUUACUGGAGAAGGGGGAAAGCGUAUGGCAGAAGAAAGAUAAAUAAUUACAAAAUGUAGCAAUAGAUGGCGCUGUAAGCAUCACAAUUUAAUAGUGGUCGACUACAAAUGACAAAUGAAUCGUACAAUGAUGCCUAAGGUGUACUUUUGAUGUUAAACAAACUGUAGUACUCAGUGUGCAUGGGUGCACAGGUGUAAUACUGUUAGUUACGUAAGCCCAUCCACCACAGCAAGGUCAUAUCACAUCAGAUGGAAAAAAUCUGUUUUUAAUUGUCCUGAGCCCAAAAACAAGCAUGAAUCAAAACCAAAUCAGAUUAUCAAUUUCCGUGUGACUGGCGCAAAACAUGUUCAGUAUGCUGUCCACUGUUUUCUGCAACAAGUUGAAAUCAAGAAAUAGCAUGUUGCACAACUGAUCAAAGCGUUUCCAGUGAGAUGUUCAGAAUGUGUUGCGCAAUGCAUGCCUUCAGUGCAGCUAAGUGUGGAAUCAGAACACUGAACACAUCUUUCGUAUAGCCCCACAGCCAGAAGUCACGUGGAUUAAGGUCAGGUGAUCUGGACGGCCAGGCUGUAGGGAAAUAGCGGCUGAUAAUUCUAGCAUUUCCGAAAUGGCGCUUCAGCAGCUGCUUAGUUGGAUCAUGCAUAAAAAUGAUCCCAUCUGCACAUUCACACUGUUGGGGAGCUGGAAUGACGUGGUUGCACAAAAGACACUCGUAGCAUUUACCAGUGACAGUACAGGUAAAAGGAUCAGAAGCACCUGUCUCUUCGAAAAAAUAUGGCCCUAUGAUAAAUUAUGCUGUAAACUUUCAUCACCCAGUGACCUUUUCAGGAUGAAGUGGUACUGGUUGAUUUGCGUAUGGAUUUUCCAUUGCCCAUAUUCAACAAUUCUGUGUAUUGACAUAUCCUGUCAGAUGGAAGUGGGGCUUCAUCUGUCCAUAAAAUCUUCCGCAGCUAAUCAUUGUCCACUUCCAUGUGAGCAAGAAAUUCUAAAGCAGAGGUCUCUUGCUGGCAGGUCAACAGGAAGCGCGUGGUGAUGGGUAAUUUUGAAUGGGUAGCAAAGAAGGCUGUUUUGCAGGAUUUUACACACCUUGCUUACGGGUGUGUCCAGUGUUCGGGCAAUUCUCUGUGCACUACACGUUUGCGUACCACCACUCGUCUCCCCCUGCAUUGCUGUGGCCACUGAUGUUGAAUCAAUUCGUUUCCUCCCUCUAUGGAGGUUACGCACCAAAGGAACCUGUCUUUUCGAAUUUCUGAAUCAUUUUUCCAGACCCAUGGCAGUCAUCGGCCAACGCCUUUUUUCAAAUCCUUCAGUGGCCAGAACUUCUGCAGAGCGAUGUAUGCACAGUCAUCAUUCUUGUAAUACAGCUUUACAAGCAGAGCAUGAUCCUGCAUUGAGACAGUCAUGGUAAUUAUCGCAGAUGCGAAAGGAGGAAAAGCCGUGUACCUUGCGAGUUUAUAUCGACUUCAAUGGGUCAUGCGCAUGACCGGUGUUUUCAUUUACAUAUUCUGACAUACAGUGCCAUCUAUUGAUCAAUUUUCACACUAUUUUUUUCUUCUGCUAUACGUUUCCACCUUCUCUGAUAAUAUUCCAUUGCAGUUUGAUGUCAUUCUGACCAGUGGUGUUAUUUCUACAGUGUUUUGAAAGUUUAACUUUAAUUAUAAUCACUGUCUAUCUCUCUGAUGGAAUUUAUAUAAAUGAAAGUUUUGGGAAAAAAGAAAUGAGAAGAAAUAUGGUCUUUCUAGGCCCAGGUGUACAUAUUUUAUUUGUCAGUACUGACAGAUAUGCUGUGUGUGACUGAAAUAGUGUAUAGAAAACAAUAUCAGUGAAAUCUAUGGCAAUAAUUAAAGAGAGGGUACAGUUUUCAGGGUAGUGGGUUACAGUAAAUGCACUAUUUGUUGGGGCUUGUCUACUUCAUUGUGAACAACAGUCACAUUUAACCUGAUUGUAGUUACAUCUGACUUUCUGCAUGUUCAGUAGUAAACAGGCUUAUGUGUUUUGAAACUCGUGAAACUAACAAUUUUCUUGUUGCGUAGUUACAGUUUCAGUUGUUUACUUGUUAGUAUGUGCUUGCACUUUUGUCAAAACUGUACCCUUAUUUGUAGGUUGGGAGAUCAUCAGACUGAAAUGAUGACCAUCAAAACAUGUGGUCACCAUCUCUCUGUAACAAAAAAACUUAUUGUAAAAAAUGGGGGCCUCUCGGUUCUGUCUGUCUAACACCCUUUCUUUAAUGAGUGAAGACUAUAAAAUUUGAAUACAUAUAUCAUUGCAAAUGACUCACAGAUUCUGUAAGAUACCAGAUGCAGUAGGACAGAUUAGGUAUUUCCAGUCUGUUGCAAAUACCAAACAGAAGGCCACAGCUCUUGGUCAUUAAGCUAUUUCCUUUGUUUUUCAUGUAUGACUGACUUGCAAAAUUUGUAUGUUUACUCAAAGAAAUAAUGAUGCUGGUACUAAAAUCACCAGUAGUUCCUAUAAUGGUCGUAGGAAAAUAUUCAAAAACAGUAUAUCUGUCAGGCAUUGCUAUCAGAUCUGAAACAUGGAGAAAAAAUGCACCCAAUGUGCGUAAAAUCAUGCUUUUGACAGAACUGUUGACCUGAAAGAGUAUUAUUGUUCGCCUACAUUAUCAAAUACUCGAAAGUUUACUAAAAAUACUACUGUUACAACAUUGUCAGGCAAUUCCAUAACAGCAUAAACUUCUUUGCAGAAUGAAAGAUUCAUUCUGGAAAUUGAGUAUAUUUUUUGAAAACUCUCACCACAGAGGAAUAGAAAAAGUUCCACGUACUUUGCACUCCCCCCUACUUGACUUCUUAAUCCCUGUUUUGUCUUUAAUAAGUUUCCUCUAUAACCUCACACUCGCCGGCCGGAGUGGCCGCGCGGUUAAAGGCGCUACAGUCUGGAACCGCGCAACCGCUACGGUCGCAGGUUCGAAUCCUGCCUCGGGCAUGGAUGUGUGUGAUGUUCUUAGGUUAGUUAGGUUUAAGUAGUUCUAAGUUCUAGGGGACUUAUUACCACAGCAGUUGAGUCCCAUAGUGCUCAGAGCCAUUUGAACCACCUCACACUCUGCUGUGAUAUAUUGUCCAACACCCAGUUCUAUCACAAUAGUUAUACUAAAGAAGUAAAGGGUCUUGUUAUGUGUAUCACACAUGUACAGUAGUGUACCAGCUGACCUUGCACAAGAGCUUUGGUCUAAAGCAAAUAUGGAAUUUGUGUCCUAACUUUGAGAGACUUUGGAGCCAGUUAUGUUUCUUUAAUGUUUAUUUUAGAUAAAUAAAUGUUGUUUGUUUUGCAUAUUGUAAAUUAGCCAAAUCUGGAGACCAUUAUACCACACUCAUUGGAAGCUAAGUGACAGCUAAAGAUGAAAUUUACUGUGAAAUAGAUGUAAACAAAAUUUAACAAUGAUUGAGGAUUGAUAUAUUUGGAAGCUGUAUAUAACAUUUUGUAUGAGUAAAAUAGAUUUGACAAAAGUGCCUCACAGGACAAAAAUACCGAACUCUAGUAGCAGGUUAUUCUUUUAGAACACUUACAUAAAAGUACAGUGGGGAAAAAAAACAGCUAAAUUUAAACUAAAUACUGUAAAUUAAUGUCAGAAAAUGUGACUGUAAUGGAGAGGAAAAAUAAAAUUCUACUUGAAAAUGGAGGAGCUAAUAUGUGUAAAAUAGAAGAAGAAAAACUAUAGGUCAAAUAAAUUUUGCUCCUUUGACAUUGUGAAACAAAAAAGGUGAUGGAAUUAUGAAUUUCUGUCAAAAAAAAAACCAUUUCCACUGUUACUUCAUGCAUUUGGUGUGGGUGCCUAGGAGAAACCUGAAUUAAAAAAAAAAUAAAAAAAAAGAAGUAAAUGCUAAAUGUCAGGAGAAGUUAGGGUGUGAUCAAUUGAAGAAUGGCUUUGCACUGUUUAUUUCAGGUGCUGUCCGAAGGCAUCCUGUGGUAACUUUGAAAAACAAAUAUCAAAUAUAUGGAACAUUAGUUGAAUUAAGCUCCCGUCAAAAUGAGAGUAGACAUGUGCAAAAAGUUGUAUAGGGAGUCUCCCUUUCUUCAACAGUGGGAACAUUAAAAAUGAAGACUCGUACUUUUGAUUAGCUUAUAUCCUGUGACUACAUGACUCUGUGAUAGUGAAUCAGUGUUUUGUUCAUUUGUGACUUUAUUUGUGAACUCAGUGAGAAAUACAUACAUGAAAAUGUGUAAAAACAGUCAGACAUAAUUAUAAAGAGCUAUGGUUGUAUGAAUGAAGUGGAGACAGGGUGGUGCUGCUCCUUGAUCUUAACCCUUUCUGCUCCUUCGUUGCACUCAUCCCAAUAUUUCAUGGGUGUUGUGAAUCUCUCAUGAACUUGAAUUACGACUGUUUGUGCUUGUAUUCAUAAGUAUGGAAGUACUGUACCAAAUAGUGGCCAAUGAAUACAUCAAUAGGGGUCAUAAUGUAAUAAAAUCAUCUUGCUUUAUUGACUGCAUCAGUGUGCAGGUUGUUUGCAACUUAAGUCGAUGUGUCACUGUGUAGUAACUGUGUGUCAAUGUGCAAAUAAUUCAUUUCUUUUUCCACUACCAAUCCUUAUGCAUAAUAUUCAAAUCUGAAAUGCAACUCUGUAACAUUUAACCUGAAGACUCUGUGUUACCCAGAGAAUCUUCACGUCUUUAUUGCGAGCAUGGCUUUCUUUAUAUUGCCAUUCCUACAUGAACAUAAUUCAUUCUCAACUGUCUUUCCUUUGUCCAACAAUUGUCACUGUAGUAGCUGGUCACUUCAUCAGCGUUUUUUCCACAUGUUUAAGGCAAAAUUUCAGAAGUUUCUGAUUGCUUGACAUCAGGUGCUAUUACAUUAUAUAAUUUUUUGGGUAAUUUAAUAUUAUUUUGUGUUUUUAAUGUGAGAUUUAAGAUGCAUUUGCAAAGAACCAUUUUUUGUGCUAUGGCUUCCUGCCACACAUUUGCAGUCAUUAAAUACUUGUGUUAAAUGUUAAUAGUUACCAAAAAUACUUUUAAAAUAUUGUGUGAAAGUAGUGGUAUCAGGUGUCUGCCAUUGUCGUGAAUAUCGAUCACAUGCACUGAAAUUUCGGCUUCAGCUUUAAAAGAAGUCACUAUAUAUUUGAAAAAUAUGCAAUGGAUGAAAUUUUUGGGUACUACUCAGAAAUUUUGUUUUGGUUUGUUUCGUGAUGGAUGUUCUACAUUAUCUCGAUUUAGAUACUGUGUAUGUGUGAAUAAGAAUAUCUUUACAAAGAACAAUGAGUCUCAUCAGACAAUGUUCCAUGUUUGUCAUUUGGAAAGUGAGCACUAUGUGAGUGUUUGCAUGUAUUGAUUUGUUAUUUAAUAAAGAAUAUGUGUAAACAUUA